UCCGCCGUGGCUCUCUUCUCAGCCCGGGACUCGGUGCUUCCGGGUUGUCGGACUGCCGCUCGCUUCGGCGCGCCGCCGCCUCCUCAGGAGUCGCUUGCGCAGCAUAGCGCGCCUGACUUUCCGUCAGGCUUUCGGGCCUGGAGCUUCCUCAGUGACGGAAUGAAGGGGGUGGGCAUUCUGGCUCGGAAGGACCCCGCCGCGGCCCCGGAAGCGCCUCGUCCGGGGUGGUGGUGGCGGCGGUAGCCGUGAUGCCUGCGGGGCUGAGCAGGUGACCGCCGUGGUUGGAGUGGGCCCAGUUGCCCAGAAUCUCGGCGGCCGCUGGUCGAGGGCGGCUGACGCCAUGGCCACCUCCGCCGCCUCCUCGGAGCAUUUCGAGAAACUGCAUGAGAUUUUCCGCGGCCUCCAUGAAGACCUCCGAGGAGUGCCAGAGCGGCUUCUGGGGACGGCAGGAGCAGAAGAGAAGAAGAAGUUGAUCAGAGAUUUUGAUGAAAAGCAGCAGGAAGCAAAUGAAACGCUGGCAGAGAUGGAAGAGGAACUACGUUAUGCACCCCUAUCUUUUCGUAACCCUAUGAUGUCUAAACUUCGAACCUACCGGAAGGACCUUGCCAAACUCCAUCGGGAAGUAAGAAGCACACCUUUGACAGCCACCCCUGGUGGCCGAGGAGACAUGAAAUAUGGCGCAUACACAGUAGAGAAUGAGCAUAUGAAUCGGCUCCAGUCUCAAAGGGCACUGCUUCUGCAAGGCACUGACAGCCUGAACCGGGCCACGCAGAGUAUUGAGCGUUCUCAUCGGAUUGCCACAGAGACUGACCAGAUUGGCUCAGAAAUUAUAGAAGAGCUGGGGGAGCAACGUGACCAGUUGGAACGCACCAAAAGUAGACUGGUAAACACAAGUGAAAACUUGAGCAAAAGUCGGAAGAUUCUCCGUUCAAUGUCCAGAAAAGUGACAACCAAUAAGCUGCUGCUUUCCAUCGUCAUCUUACUGGAGCUGGCCAUUCUGGGAGGCUUGGUGUAUUACAAAUUCUUUCACAAGCACUGAACUUCCUACAGGGAAGGGUUUGUGGACCAGAACUUUGACCUGUGAAUGAAUGGUAUAGAGCUGUGGGUUAAGCAUAUUGCUGCUGGGAGCUAAUGCUUCAAGGCUGCACUGCCAGGCCGUGGGAGAGGGAGAGAAGACCACUUAAAUGUGAAGAACAGCAACAAAGUGUACCAAGGUAAUAAAUGCUGUUUAUGACAUCUCUACAUAGUACUCAACAUAAUACCCUGUGAACUGCAAAAAAAAAAAAAAGGAUUUACAGUACUAGUAUUGGUCAUCAAAAUGGAGAAGGGAAGGAAACUUUGUGAGAAUGCACAAUGUUCUCAUUAAGGCAAUACUGACUCACACCACCAGUUACUAUCUGUUGCCUCAAAUGCCUCACAACUCUGGAAUGCCCGUUUGACAAAUAUGUAUUAGCUAGCACACAGUAUUUCCUAAAUUCUCACACGUUCUUCACUUUCUGAUUCAUCUGGUGAACUGGGAGUAGGAAGAUGGUCAUAGACAAUGUGUCCGCCCUCUCUUGUCUGACCAAAACUUGAAGCAAUGACAUCCACUGCCAGGCCCGCGGUAGCCUUGGCCUCUUCCUCUGAAGAGGCCAACCGAGGAUUGACUUCAACAAGAUCCAGUGCUGACAGCAACCCUGAAAGAACACAGUAUGACAAAAUCUCAGAAAAUUCCUAGCUGCUACUUCAGUGAGGGAAGUCCCAGCUGGACAGAAAAGCCAAUAAAAACAAGUCAUUUUCUACAAUAAAA